AACAGGAUCAGGAAGAUAAAUUGUAAUUUAAUUUGACCUUUGCUACCAUAGAAGCAUGAUACAUUUAUUGAUAUGUGAACAUGAACUUAUUAUCUUGUUGUGUCCUUCAGGUUUACAGGGCUCUCGGGUUGAACCAGUCAGAGAUCGAGGAGUUCUUCUCCGGCCCCGCGUUCCUGGCCUGGAACCGAAUGGGGAACCUUUUCAAGUUUGGAGGGCCCCUGCCUCAGUCCUGGCACGUGAACCAGCUCUUCCUCCAAUUUAAAAUCUUGGAGCGGAUGAGAUCCUUCGGCAUGAUUCCCGUGCUGCCAGCCUUCUCUGGGAACAUUCCCGCUGGAAUCCUCAGGCUGUUCCCAGAAGCCAAUGUGACCAGGCUGGGCCCCUGGGCUCACUUCAACUGCAGCUACUCGUGCUCCUACGUCUUAGACCCCCGGGACCCUCUGUUCCUGCAGAUUGGCUCCCUCUACCUGUCUCAGGUGGUGAAACAGUUUGGAACAGAUCACAUCUACAACACUGACACCUUCAACGAGAUGACCCCCCCCUCCUCUGACCCCGCCUACCUGUCAGCAGUCAGCCGCUCCGUCUUUGCCUCCAUGACCGCAGUUGAUCCUCAGGCGAUCUGGUUGAUGCAGGGCUGGCUGUUCUUCAGUGACACAGCGUUCUGGAAGCCGGCCCAGAUUCAGGCUCUACUACACGGAGUGCCUCUGGGCAGAAUGAUCGUGUUGGACCUGUUUGCAGAGACGGAGCCAAUUUUCUCCUACACAGAGUCUUUCUACGGGCAGCCCUUCAUCUGGUGCAUGCUGCAGAACUUUGGGGGCAACAGCGGAUUCUUUGGCACAGUGGAGAGCAUGAACUCGGGGCCCUUCAAAGCCUUACAGUUCCCAAACUCCACCCUGGUUGGCAUAGGCAUGACACCCGAGGGCAUUGAGCAGAAUCCGGUGAUGUAUGAGCUGAUGAGCGAGCUGGCGUGGCGUAAGGAGCCGGUCAACCUGUCGAAGUGGGUGUCGCUGUACGCUAUCCGUCGCUACGGAAGCACGCAGGACAGCCUGACGGCGGCGUGGAGGCUCCUGUUCGCCAGCGUCUACAACUGCACCGUGCCACACUACAAAAACCACAACCACAGCCCCCUGGUGCACAGACCCUCUCUCCACAUGAACGCUGACCGGUGGUACGACCCGGCUGAUUUGUUUAAAGCCUGGAAACUAAUCAUCGAGGCAGCUCCAUCCCUCAUGUCCAAGGAGACUUUCCACUGCGAUCUCGUGGACGUGACUCGGCAGGUCCUACAAGUCCUGACAACAAGCUUCUACCAGGAUAUCGCAGAUGCUUUCAAGAACCAGAAGCUGCCGGAGCUGCUGACUUCGGGGGGGGUGCUGGUGUACGACCUCCUGCCUGAACUCAACCGUCUGCUGAGCAGCGACCGCAACUUCCUGUUGGGGACAUGGCUGGAGAGGGCCCGCUCCUUCGCCCUGGAUGAGAAGGAAGCCCAGCUGUACGACAUGAAUGCCAGGAACCAGCUCACUCUGUGGGGUCCCAGCGGUGAGAUCCUGGACUACGCCAGCAAAGAGUGGGGGGGCCUCAUGGAGGACUACUACGCCCAGAGAUGGGGUCUUUUCGUUGAAACCCUGGUAGACUGUCUGGACACUGGACGGCCAUACAAGCAGGACACCUUUAACCAGGCCGUGUUCCAGGUGGAGAAGGGGUUCAUUUACAAUGCCCGAAAAUAUCCGACCAAGCCUCAGGGCGACACGUACGAGAUCGCCCGCAGGAUCUUCCUCAAGUACUACCCCCAGGCCUUGAAGAGACUAUAGUGAGCAGAGGAUUCAUUUUGGAAAAACUUGUCUCAAGUCACAGCAAGAAGAAUGUCUCCACCUCCAGUUUUCCAUGGCUGUCCCAAAACAUUUUGAAAUGGAAACUCUAACACCUGGAUUUGCAGGAACAAUCUGUUUUGCAUACAUAGCCAAAUCAGUGGAUAGCUGAGUAUGAUGAAGGGAACAAAUACUUUUACUUUACAUUCACACUUUAGAAAUAUUCAAUCAAGCCUUAUCAAACACAAGUUCAGCAAAAACAAAAGUGUUAUGAGUGGUGCAGUGAUGACAAAUGUAUGUAGGCCAACCAUUGCAUGGGCUCCCUCAAAAAAAGCAAUAGGAUUUUCACAUAAAACAUUUAAAAUUGGAAUAUUGCAGAAAAUAAGAUCUGUGGCAAUCACACUUUUUUGAUACUUCCAUGUUUUUUCAGCUGGAUAAUCUCCACAUAUUAACACAACUUUUAUAAUAGUUGAGGCAUAUGCAAUCGGCAGAAGUAAAAACAAACAAUACAUUCCGAAAACAGACGAGGAUACUUGUUACUGGUAAAAUGCAGACUUGUUUCCAGGUUUGAGGACUCAUCAUUCACCACUCUUACAUAAGAAUGUUUACAAUGGAUCCCUUUUUUGGCAUUUCAUGUGUGCGUCCCUUGGUACUGUUUUUAAUUCCACUGCUCUGGUUAGCUUAGCAUAGCAUAAAGACUGCAAGCAGGGGAAAAUAGCUAGCUUAGCUCUGUCCAAAGUAUUAUGUAAAUUACACAGUGUAUUUUGUUUAACAUGUACCCCAAGAGAAGACAACAUUUUGGGUUCAGGAAGAGUUGGGAUGUGGAACUAGUUCCUAACGGUUUGAUCUGCAUCUCUUGCUAUAGCCUGGUUCUCCAGAUAGUCACUUGGCCCAGGUGUUUGUCUCUGUACAGGAACAAUGUCUCAAAACAUGGCACUGUAAUGACUUCAGGAAUCUGGAGGAUGAUUCAAAGUAGGUUCAGAAUUAAAGAAAUGUUUUUUUACAUUUCAGAACAGGUUUCAGAAUCAGACUAGCUGUUCCCUGCUUCGAGUCUUAAUGCUAAGCUAGGCUAAACUCCCCUGCACCUGAUCAAAUCAUUUCCUCUUUUCUUUCUACAUGAUCUAGAGUUGUUCUUUUAAUCCGAGGCACUACAUUAAGGUGGAAGAUGGGGUUUGAGUUGUUUGACCCACAGGAAACCUUUAGCCAUAAAAAAAACACUCAUUUUCAGACCAUGCACAUCAGUUCAAAGUAGAUUUGAAUAUAUCAUUCUUAGCAAACUGACUGGACUGAGUGCAGCACAGACAUCAUAGUUCAUGUGGAUGUCUUUGAUCAUGCACAAUAAUUGUGUACUUAAUUUACCAUGACAUGCUUGUGUUGUCGUGAGGUCGGACCAUUACACAAUACGUUUCUGUAGAGUUUUAUAAACAGGGAUUGUUUAUUUCUGAGUAAUUGCUAUAACAACUUGGCACUUGGUGCCUUUUUCUUUUUAAAUAUACUUUUAUAUGAUGUUUACCUGAGACAUUCCACAUGUACAAAAUGUAUUGACAACUUUCUUUUAGAAUUAUUUGGUUUAGUAUUUAAAAAAUGUUCGUAUUCAUUUGAGAACAAACGCUACAUGUAGAAUAGAUUCUUUAUUGUAUGAAUGCUAUUUUUGUAUUUUCAUAAAUUACUGUUGUGAUUAUUCAACUCAGGCAUGUCAGAAAGUCUAAAGGCUGUGACUAAUAAUACAAUGUUUUAAUUCUC